AUGAAGUUCCUAUCCACCCUCAUCACGACAGCGCUCAUCUUCCUUUCCUCCGCCAACGCCUACGCAAACCCAGGCGCCUGCUCCGGCAUCUGCAACAACUCGCACGACCCCUCUCUAAUCCGCAGGUCAUCCGAUGGGACCUACUUCCGCUUCUCCACGGGUGGCGGCCUUUCAAUCUACACCGCUCCCGCCAUCGUAGGCCCCUGGACCUACAACGGCGUCGUGCUCUCCGGCGGCUCCAAGAUCGACCUGACGGGGAACACUGACCUCUGGGCCCCCGACGUCCACCUCGUUGGCAGCACCUACUACCUCUACUACUCCGUAUCCAGCUUCGGCUCGCAAAACUCCGCCAUCGGCCUCGCCACCUCGCCCACGCUCGACGCCGGCUCCUGGACCGACCGCGGCGCCACCGGCAUCGCCUCCUCCUCCUCCAAGAACUACAACGCCAUCGACCCGAACCUCGUCGCCGUGGGCAGCGGCUACUACCUCAACUUCGGCUCCUUCUGGCACGACAUCUACCAAGCGCCGCUGGCCGCCACGCCGACGAAGACGGCGGGGAGCAGCUACAAUAUCGCGUUCAACGCGAGCGGCACGCAUGCGAUGGAGGGCUCGUACAUGUUCAGCCAUGGGGGGUACUACUACCUCUUCUUCUCGCGGGGGAUCUGCUGCGGGUACGACACCGACCGCCCCGCGAAGGGGGCCGAGUAUAGCGUCAUGGUGUGCCGCAGCAGCUCCGCGACGGGCGGAUUCGUUGAUAAAAACGGGGUUGCGUGUACGGCUGGCGGGGGGACGGUGGUGCUGGCGAGCCAUGGCACCGUGUACGGGCCGGGCGGGCAGGGCGUGUAUGAUGAUCCGACGUAUGGCCCGGUGCUGUACUAUCAUCAUGUGGAUACGACGAUUGGAGGCAACUCGCCCUCAACAGCCUUUUCCUGGCCUAGAGACUGGGGGCUGACCUUUGCUGGCCUCCCUACCGCCAAGUGGAUCGCCACUAUCAGACGCCUCCAUCCCGCGUCGGGAGUCCAGAUGAAGGAGAACCUCGCCGCAGACAGCGCAUAUCUCUGUUCCAACAAGCGACCUGGACUACCGCUUAUCUAA